AUGGACAAUGAAAAUAGCCAAGUUGAAGAAAUUAGAACAGUUUCUGCUCUACAAGUUAAUGAAUUAUUUUUGCGUAAAAUUCUUGCAAGGAAUAAUUCAUUCAUGGAUAAUUCAGUCGAUGUCCCUUACCAACGGAGCGUCGGUGAAAUUCCAUUCGAAUGGGAGUCACAGCCAGGAACCCCUAGACAUCAUCAUCUUAUACCAAGGAAAGAGAUUAUCGUCCCUCCGAUCAGGCCACCACCGGCUUCUUCAUGGAAUGGCCAAGAGUUUGAUGGGCCAUGCAAUACCGAUAUGUCAAGCGAAACAAAAACUUGGCUUUGGAAGAAAUACAAGAAAAGUUGUCAAGGCAAUAAAAAGGCUAGAGCAAAAUCUCAAGGAAAUUUUGAGUUUGAUCAUUUUUAUAUGUCUUCAUCAAGUAAAGAUUCAAGAUCUUCAUCUUCAACAUCUUCCAAUGGGAUUUCAUCAAGAUUACGAAGUUUGACUGACUUGGUUAAAUGGGCUUUCUAA